CACAAAUCAUGUCUAUGACAUCGUCCCUUCUGCACUUUUCCUGCAGUCUUCUUUGGGCCUAACCCUGCACCCUUCCUCUUGUUGCUCUCAACUUCCUCUUCCUCCUUCCACCCAUUCACCUCUCUCUCUUCCCUACCUUCAACCUCGACUCCUCUCUUCCACAUCCCUCUUGUCAAUCUCCCUCUCCGAACCAGUUCGCACAUGCGAGAUUGCCCGAACCUGAGUCUUUCUGAUCGCCGCCAUUCAAACAAGAUGGCAGAGGAAACCCCCAUCAUCGUCCCAGACUCUGGCGCUGGCGAGGCUGGCGCUGGCGCUGGCGGUACAGCUGGAGCUGGAAUCGCCAUCGGACAAGGAAUGUCAAUCCCCUUUCGCCCUCGUCGUCGUCCUCGUCGCAUACUUCGCGACAACAUCAAGGGAAUCACCAAACCAACUAUCCGUCGUCUUGCUCGUCGUGGUGGCAUCGGUGACAUGGAGGAUGAGGUUUAUGACACCGUCCGGGAUGUUGUGAAGGCUCGUGUGACCGAGGUAAGUGUCCCCUCUCGCUUGCUGCCUAUAUAAUGGGUUGCAACUCGGCCAUCUCUGCAGUGAUACACCCUGCGAACGAACGGCUUUGUCUCCCCCUUACUCUUCAUAAAGCAACGCUCGUUAACCUCUUGUUCUACUUCUCAAGUGAUCGAACGCCUUGCCAUCCUGAUGCGAAAUCCGCCAGUCGACGGACCUGAACAACUUCCUCCAUUGGAAGAUGGUAGCAAGAUCGUCACUACCCUCCACGUUGUGUAUGUUCUGAAACAAGUGCGCUGGUGACACCUCUGUACGGACACGGAUUCGAGAAGCCUCGUGCGGCAGCACCUCAGGCUCGUCUCCCUUGGAGAGCUUGAGCUUCAAUCUGAAUCUGCAGUCCCAACUCCACACUAGUACCAGUGCCUCGAUAUUGUCAAGUGUAUUGAAUGCUUUCUCUCUCUUCGCCAACGGAUCAACAAACAGUGGAUUGAUUCAAUGCUUGUAUUUGCUUUGGUACGGCUUGACGGACCAGAUACUCGGUCGGUCGAGAGUCGUCGGAAUGGGAUACCUAGUGUGAGGCACGUGUGCUCAGGGGUCGUGACAUGAGGGUUACUGGAGAAAUGUCGCCCCGUCUACUGGUUUAAUUAUGGUCUUGACAGGACUUGAAUGGGACUGGAUGUGGUUCUGGUCAGAAGGAGAAGACCCAGCUCAUGGUGUUUUCAACGCAGACCUCAGACCUGUGGACUAUGAGUCCUGAUACUACUGCGAUACUACUGCGACUACUGCUAAAUCCGCACGGACUGGGAUUAGCAAUUGACAAUCAAAUUGUAGUGGUGUAUGCCUUCCAGUUCAAUUCAAAUCAAUGCUAAUCAAUGAGCCUGCGAUCUCGUG